AUGCCUACGUCAUUAUCAGUUCUGAAGCGUUUUGCUCGACCAAAGAUCAUUCUCUUUGGUGACUCCAUCACUGAGCUCAGCUGUGAUCAAUCCUUGGGCUUUGCAUUGGCUCCAGCUCUACAGCACGAAUACUUCCGAAAACUACAAAUCGUCGUGCAUGGUUAUGGUGGAUAUAACACCGAACAUGCUCGGCAUAUUCUUGAGCCAAUCCUUGACUACGAAACGAGCUCCGUACCGGAUAAGAAAGACGAGCUCUUGACCGAUGUCAAGCUGCUCACGAUCUUUUUCGGUACCAACGACGCAACUCAGAAUGACAGCCAAUUCGUACCUCUGGAGAGGUACAAAGCCAACCUGCGGCAUAUGGUUGAUGUAGCACAGAACAGGAAUAUCCCUACAAUCCUGGUUGGCCCUGGCCUAGUCGAUGAAUAUUCGGCCAAGGGGUGCGAGGGAAGUGGGCGAUCGACGACGAGGGCGCGCGAAUAUUCUGAAGCCUGCCGUCAGGUGUCCAUAGAAAAAAAUGUCCCUUUUACUGAUAUGUGGCACGCUAUGCUUGCUAUGAAAGGUUGGAAAACUGGGGAUCCGAUCAUCGGACAGAGAGGCUCAGCAUCAGACCUACACUUGAGAGAUAUCUUGACGGAUGGAGUACAUUUCUCAGGUUCGGCAUAUCACACAAUUCGAAAACACUUCCCGAACCUGAAGUCAGAGAAUCUGUCUACUAUGUUGCCGCACAUCAGUGAAAUUGAUCCGAAGGACCUCCCGGCUUCGUUGUGGCAAGAGAGAAGCAAGAUCACUGUUGAUGUUUCAAUGUCUCCUACAGUAGGCGGUUACCUCUGGAAUUUACAAGCAAUGCCGCUCAAACAGGCCUGCGACUGCUGUAACAUCCGCAAAAUCCGAUGCAAUGGUGCACAACCAUGCCAGCGCUGUAUCAAUAACAGACUAAACUGUACGUAUCUGCGUCAACGUCAGAAGAGCGGCCCACGACGCUUGCGACAGUCUUCAAAAAAGAUAUGGGAUACACAAGUGUCCUCUGUGGGGGUUUCCGAGCCAAAUGGAAUGCAGAUGCGUCGAAUCCAGCACGAUGAUUUAGGUACCGGCUUACUUACAACGACGCCCGCGAGACGCAUCUCAUUAUCUGCUAUAAACAGCGUAUUUGAGAUCUUCCGGGACAAUUUAUAUGGAAUUUGGCCUUUACUAGAUACCGAAAAUCUACUUCAACAGCUGAUAAUAGGCACCGAUGAUAUACAAACGUAUGCUUUGUCCACUGCGUUGUGCGCCGCCACCCUGUCACACCUUGACAGGACUAUCACGCAGGAGCAGUCACAACUUGACGGCCUAUUUACGGCAGAUGCGUUUGCCCAGGAGGCACGGCGUGUCCGCUGCACAUAUGAUUACAUGGAACCGGUUACUUUGGCAACAGUUCUCACCUCAUAUUUUCUACACAUAUUCUAUGGAAAACAGCCGUCUCGCAUGCAGACAGCUGCUUUCUAUAUUCGAGAAGCCAUAUCAUUCGCCCAGCUACUAGGAAUGCACACGGAAGACACUUACUCUCGUGUCAUAGACGGGUUCCUGAACCUAGUGAAUCUGUUUAAGUACCCAGGGAAUGACUUUUUCAAUAAAUGGACCGCUCAGUCGUCCCAGGUUGCUGUGAGCAGCAGGCAACUUUUACUUUUACAGCAAGAAUUGCAAUUUCUUCCUUCUGAGAUUCCACCAGAAGCGAAUAGCAUUCAACGGGUGGACAUAUACGCCACAAGGCAUUGGAUCCGUGCACUUGCAUGGAAAUUGUCUCUCCAGUCUGGUUAUAUUGCCUCUAAUGGGAUCAGUAGCAGGAAGGAAAUGAGCACGCUUUAUCCUCACCAGAUUGCCCUGGACAUGCUUCUGGAAACUGGAAAUAUACAUCCAACGGCCUUUGAAGUUCAUGGUCCUGGGAUGGAAGUUAAAAUGACAGAGAUUGCGACUGCUCUUGCAAAUUCUAUAGAGUGCCAACCGGAGGAAGAGGAGAGUCAAUCGCUUUCCUUCGUCAUUCGGCCCCGUGACACGUUCAAGAGCAUCUGCGAUCUCAUUUUCUCUACGAAAGUCAUGCUCCCCAAUCUCCGAGAAUCUCUAAGGGAAAGGGUUCAGAAAGUUUUUGGUCAUAGUAAAUUCUAUACUGCCGUGGAAAGUACUACUCCUAAUGACGAUGAGUCCCUGGAGCAGGGUGCAUGGGCACUAUUUGGUAGUAGCGCCGCCAAUUGUGCUGCAAGAAACGUGGUUGAACAUGAUACUGCAGCCUUGAUAGCGGUUUCUGACCCAUCGGCUUGGUUUCCUACGGCUAUAUCGACCGCUUCGUUCACAGCCUUCAAUUCCACCUUCCAUGACACAGAUCUCUUUGACAUACCGGCAAUUAUCACGGGAGCAUACGACCCAGUAGGGACGUGA